AUGAAAUUUCAGCAUACCAGAGAAGUGGAGCAAUCAAUUAUCGAAGAAUCCCUUUAUCUGGCUUAUGAACUUAAUAUUCUUAAAAUAAGUGACCGGCUCAGUGUUGUCCCGGCUAGUGAAUUAUGGAGACGUUUUACUGCAGUUUAUGGAACGGCGUUUAUCAGUCGUUACGCAGUUUACCGAUACUUACGAUUACAAGGAUGGGUUGUUCGUAGUGGCUUACUUUAUGGUGUGGAUUUUAUGAUUUAUCGUCAAAGUCCCAGGCAUUAUCACUCUAGUGCUGGAGUAAAGAUUGUAUUAUUUUCAGACGGUGGGAUAGACACCACUUUUAUUGGUUUGAAUCGAGAAUUGAAUAAUGUGAGAAAGUCUUUGAUUGUUGCUAAUGUAGAAAUUCCCUUAAAUGUUGAUUUAACAAGCAUAAAAUGCCUUGAAAAAAUCUUAGUGUCUCAUUUAGUCUACCGCUAUCGGCGUCCUGAAGGUAAAAAGAUAGGGUAG